UAGUCCCAUCCCAGGCGAACAGGAGUAGGAAGUGUUGUUACUUCUGUUUCCUUGGUCAAAAGAUGUCAUAAAUGUUUGCUUUUGCAUUCGGGGGAGGGAGAGAGAGAAAAAAAAGUUGAAGAACUUGUUUGGCAAGGUGAUUGUAUGAAAAGAAGCCAUUAUUACUGAAAGCCAAUCUUUCAGGUGGAGCACCUAAACAGAGAGGACAUAUUUAACUUGUUAGGAACUCUGAUUCUCCAGCAUCUGCCGUUCCUACUAUGUCUGAAGGAUUCAACCACCUGGAUAAGACAUGACUGCCUUUCUAGCGAAGAUCGUGAAGGAAGAAUCUUAACUUGUUCUGUCAAGGUGAUCAUACAGACUCACAGUUUGUUUUAGGUAUCUUUGAAAGAACCUGAAGUCAGAAUCAGAAACCUGUAGGAUGAUGAGUACUGACAGAAUCUCCAGCCUUGAUGAUGACGAUGACAGGAGAUUUGAUGAUGUGGUGCCAUAUAGCGAUGAUGAGACGGACAAUGAAUUAGAUAGUUCUACUGAAAGGUUGGACGAUACAGAGCAAAACUGCAUCAACCAACAGACCGAGGAGAGAUGGCAACCAAAGAGUGAAUACACAUGGAAAGUCAAAGCAAAUGACAGAAACUUUAACAAUCAAUUCACAAUUACAAAGUAUGGUUGCAUUAAAACAAGCAAAUAUUCAGGGAAUGCCAUCCGGACGUACAAGUACAAUGUUGUUACUUUUUUACCACGUAACCUGAUGGAACAAUUUAAAAGAGCAGCCAAUGCCUACUUUUUGAUUCUUCUCAUCCUUCAAGCCAUUCCUCAGAUCUCAACCUUGGCUUGGUACACUACAUUGGUGCCUUUGGUGGUGGUGCUGGGAAUAACAGCAGUAAAGGAUCUUGUUGACGAUAUUGCAAGACACAAGAUGGACAGAAUUGUUAAUAAUCGGAAAUGUGAAGUCCUUCAGGAUGGCAGGUUUAAAACAACAAAGUGGAAGGACAUAGAAGUUGGAGAUGUUGUAUGCCUACACAAAGAUGAUUUUAUUCCAGCUGAUAUACUACUGUUGUCCAGUUCAGAGCCCAACAGUCUUUGUUACGUGGAAACAGCUGAACUUGAUGGAGAAACUAACCUGAAGUUUAAAAUGUCAUUAGAAGUUACAGACAAACUGCUGAAGAAAGAAAAGGAUCUGGAAUCUUUUGAUGGUUUAGUAGAAUGUGAAGAGCCAAACAAUCGGCUGGACAAAUUUACCGGGACCUUGUUCUGGAGAAACCAGAGUUAUCCUCUUGAUGUGAACACAAUCCUGCUGCGUGGCUGCACUGUCCGCAAUACAGAGAUUACGCAUGGAAUUGUCAUAUUUGCAGGUGCUGACACCAAAAUCAUGAGGAAUGGUGGAAAAACAAACUUCAAAAGAACCAAAAUUGACCAACUCAUGAAUUACAUAGUUUAUCUGAUCUUUCUGUUCCUCAUUCUUCUGUCAGCUGGUCUUGCUAUUGGGCACACAUUCUGGGAAAGUGAAAUUGGCAAUGCCACCCGAUCCUGGUACCUUUAUGAUGGCGAAGAUGAUCCACCUUCCUACAGAGGUUUCAUUGCCUUCUGGGGUUAUAUCAUUGUUAUGAACACUCUAGUCCCCAUAUCACUUUAUGUAAGUGUUGAAGUGAUUCGCAUGGGUCAAAGCUACUUCAUUAACUGGGAUCUCCAAAUGUAUUAUGCUGAAAAGGACACUCCAGCCAAAGCACGCACAACAACACUGACUGAGCAGCUUGGACAGAUAGAGUACAUCUUCUCUGACAAGACAGGAACUCUUACACAGAAUAUCAUGGCAUUUAAGAAGUGUAGCAUCGGUGGCACUACAUAUGGUGAGUUGUGUAAUGCUGCGGGAGACAGGACAGACCGAGUAGAGCUUGUUGACUUCAGCUGGAACAGCUAUGCUGAUGGGAACCUCAAAUUUUAUGACCAUUACCUACCUCAACUUAUUCGCUCAGGAAAAGAUCCUGCAACACGGGAAUUUUUUAAAAUUCUUGCACUCUGUCAUACUGUGAUGGUGGAAGAUAAUAGUGGACAAAUUGUAUAUCAAGCAGCCUCUCCAGAUGAAGGAGCCCUCGUUACUGCAGCCAGGAAUUUUGGGUUUGUCUUUCUUUCACGUACUCAAAAUGCCAUCACAAUAAGUGAACUUGACAUAACAAGGACCUAUCAAGUGCUUGCCAUUUUAGACUUCAACAGUGACCGGAAACGAAUGUCCAUCAUUUUGAGGACACCAGAGGGUCAAAUCAAACUCUAUUGUAAAGGUGCUGAUGUUGUGAUAUAUGAGAGAUUAGAUCCCAACAGUCUUAAUCAUGAGGCCACUGAAGAAGCUUUAACGGCAUUUGCAGAUGAAACACUCAGAACUUUGUGUCUAGCAUACAAAGAUAUUAGUGAAGCAGAGUUUGCAGUGUGGAAUAAAAGAUUUCAAGCAGCCAGUGUUUCCACAAACAACCGUGAUGAAGCACUUAGCAGAGUCUAUGAAGAAAUUGAAACAAAUUUGUUGCUUGUUGGAGCAACGGCUAUAGAGGAUAAACUGCAGGAUGGUGUUUCAGAGACAAUUGAAACCCUUAAAAAAGGCAAUAUUAAAAUCUGGGUAUUAACAGGGGACAAAAAAGAAACUGCCGAAAACAUUGGCUUUUCCUGCAAUUUACUAACCAAUGACAUGACUAUUUAUCAUGGAGAAGCUAUCAAUGACCUGUUAAACACCAUGCAAAAAAACAGGGCAAACAUGGCAGAAGGACAAACAAACGCAAGCACUUAUGAGAACAACAUCUUCCCUCAAGAUGUAAAACCCGCAAUGAUCAUUACUGGUUCCUGGUUGAAUGAAAUUCUCAGAGAGAAGAAAAGAAGGAAAAACAAAUGGUUUCGGCGGCCAAAAACAGAGGAUGAGAAGAAGAUGCAGAUGGAAAAAGAUCAGAAAGAUGAAGCUGCCAAAGAAAAGCGACAGAAAGACUUUGUGGAUUUAGCCUGCCUGUGCACUGCUGUGGUCUGCUGUCGUGUAACCCCUAAACAGAAAGCCAUGGUGGUGAACUUGGUUAAAAAAUACAAGAAAGCCAUUACCCUGGCAAUUGGAGAUGGUGCCAAUGAUGUUAAUAUGAUUAAAACUGCUCAUAUUGGUGUGGGAAUCAGCGGCCAGGAAGGCAUGCAGGCUGUCAUGUCGAGUGACUAUGCUUUUGGGCAGUUUCGUUUUCUGAAGCGAUUACUCCUGGUGCAUGGGAGAUGGUCGUACAUCCGAAUGUGCAAGUUUUUAACGUACUUCUUCUACAAAAACUUUGCCUUUACACUGGUUCAUUUUUGGUACUCCUUUUUCAAUGGAUUUUCUGCACAGGUAAGCACAAUUAUUUAA